ACUCGGGGUUUUCUUCUUUUUUACUCUCAGCUGAGACUCGUAAUGUCUCUUCAUAAUUCAUAUCAAUUGCAUAGUUAGAGAGUUUCAUUCGUUACCUUCCCAUUUCACUAAAUCCUCGUGUUUCUGGGUCAAAUUACAUCUGGGUUUUCUUGAUAUAUACUUCCAUGGACUCCAUUCCCAACUCAUCAUCUUCACCUGUACUGUGAGAAUGGGUCUCAUUUCAGCAUCUGGGUUUCUUAGAUUUCAGCUCUAACCAGAUACUCACCACAAUUUUGCUUCUGGGUCCACCAAAAACUUUGAUCUUCUGAGUUGGUUUUUAAGCUUUAAACUGUACCAACAUGAGUAAUCUUCAAUCAACCUGCCAAUUCUUCACUCCAUUUCCGAGAGAGGGUCAAGAAUUCGAAGCUGUAUCGGACACUGGACACCACCAAGCUUUCAAGAAACCCAGAGUCUCUAAGGUUGGGUCAGACUCAAUGGUUAUUGAGAGGAGAUAUAAGUGGUUGCAUUACAAGACCCGACUGUGCAAUAACUUCCAACGGGGUGGUUGCCAUUAUGGUGAGGCAUGUCUCUAUGCUCACGGCAUUGAAGAAAUCCGCAACACUUUGGGUAGUUCGGAGAAUGAGAAGGGCAUGUUGGGUAGGACUGAGUAUGCUCGUCACAGAACUUGUGAUGAACUUCGACUUUGCAAGUUGUUCUUGAAUGAGGGGAAAUGCACAUAUGGAGAGAAAUGCCGCUUUCGUCAUGUGAUUCCGAAAAGUAUCAGAGAUGAGUCAGUGAUCAUUUUGACUAGUGGGUCUAAAGGGUCUCAAAUUAGUGGCUCUGGGCAAUUUGGGGGCAAGAGGUCUCUGGGUUUGGAUGUUGACACUAAUGGAGUGAGUGGAGGCAGGCAUUUUAGGCAGCAAAGCUCUGUUGCAGCUGGGAGAGGGAUGCUGAGUAAUACCUGCAUGGCCAGUGGAAGCUUUGCUCAUGGACAUGCCGUGCUAAGGAAGCUCUGUGGCUACACUGCUGUGGAGACUAAGACUUGUACUACUUCUAGAAAUGUGCAAGUUAUGGACGGCAACUUCGACUGGAAUGAACUUGAGAAAAUGAGCCGCAUCUAUGCUGAUUGGAUUGAAGAAAUUCCUCUUGUACAUAGGAAGGGGUUUGACAUGUUCUCAAGGCAAGGCAUGGCAUAGCAUUCUGGACAUGAUUCAUAGGAAGCCAGCUCUGUUGAAUCAGGAAAAUGAUAUUUCACUAGAAUACAAGCUACCCCAGAAUAAAAGGGAUUUGGAAUAUCUUUUUUCGUAAUUUUGUUCAGUUGGCAAAUGUUGCAGACUGCAGAGUUAUGUUUGUGUGAAAUAUCUCAGAAAUCAUAUUAGUUUAACGACAUCCUAUUUGGUACCUUUAAGAAUGGUACUUAGUAUAAGCUUCUGUGUGCGUGCGUGCAUAUACAUUAUUGUGUAUGGCCUCUGAAAUUCACCUUAUGUGUGCUAACAUUCACAAUGUUAUGCUCCUCUUCCAACUAUUGAUUGUGAUAAUGUGAACAAAAAUGUGUAAUACUUGUCAUGCGUACUACUUUUGCUCAA